AUGAUGGCUAUAAAAAAUAUGUUUUGGGGUACUGUAUUAACCGAGACCAAACCUCUAUUAAGAGGUAAUAUCUUUGCUCUUCUCGAUAAUGAAGAUACAGAAGAGGCUCCUAAAGCAAAGCCUGAGGCAAAAAAGGGAGCUUCUAACUCUGAAAAGCAGACUGGCCAAGCUUCAAAGUCAGAAACCCAAUCAAAGCAGGCUAAGGAUACCAAGAAAGUCUCAUCCCAGCCAAAACCACAACAGCCGAUAGCUCCAAUUCCAGCUUCCAAAGAGUCCAAAACCAUAGAAAAGGGCAGGCGAGAAGCACCUAGUGACGACAGAAAACAAAAACAAGCCUACCGAGGCAAAGAUGCCAAAAAGGGAGGCGCAGGUGGACAUAAUUGGGGAAAGCCUACAGAUUUACCACAAGAAGAGCCUAAAGAAGAAGUUGAAGCCAAGCCAGAAGAUGAAGGCAAAAAGGAAGAAGCCACAGUAGAAGAAGCUGUUGAAGAGAAGCCAAAAGAAAACUUCAUCACUUUAGAUGAGUAUUUUGGCACUGCAAAGCCAGAGGACGAAGAAAAAACUGAGGAAGCCCCAAAGGACGAGUAUUUGCGCUUUAGAAUUAACAAAGGAAUCCGGCGCAAGCAAGGCGGGUAUAAUAAAAAAGGCGAAGGAGAGCAAGAACAAGGAAAAGGAGAAAGAGGAGAGAGAAAAGAGAGACAAGAAAGAGGAGAGAGAAAAGAAAGAGGAGAAAGGGGAGAAAGAGCUGAAAGAGGAGAAAAAAGGGAAUAUAAAGGACAAAGAAAGAAUGCCCCACAGCCUCCUAAUUUCUCAGACGCAAAUGCUUUUCCUGCUUUGGCUUAA